AUGACAUCCGGGGAUAUCUUCUCUGGCUUUACGGUCAAUGUUGUCGUUGUCGCCGUCGUCGACUUUGGUUUUGUCGUUCUCCCCCCACCACCAAUGACCCCCGAUAUCUUUGUGCCGGAUGUCACAGGCAACGCAGGGGCAGAUACCGCGUUGAGGAUACCCGGAUUCACUCUAGCACCGCCCCGUGUGUUCCGCCCGUUGGGUACUGUUGCUAUUACUGUUGUCCCGCCGCCGCGUGGUCUGCCCCCAGUGACUACUCGUGUUCCACCCUUUUUUGGUUGUGCGGCGCGGACCUGGCGGGCUUCUAAUCCUCCAGAGUCGUCACCCGCAAGCUCAGACUUGGCAGUGGCUGCUUGGUCAUUUUGCCCGUCCAUCACCGGCACCGGCAGCGACACAGAGAUCGGAUCGGCCGUGCUGCUGUCGCGGGGCAUGACCGCUCGUGGUACAUCCACAGACCCGGGACGUACGAUUGGGCCGGCCAGCGUGGUGCUUGCAGCCACGAGACCCAGUAAAACUGCUUUGAGAUACGGCAUUGCUGGUGUUUGA